AUGCCUGUUUCACCUGAGGCAUACUCCCCUACAGAGGUGUCUGAGAUCCUUCUGGACUUUUACCAAUUUCUGACAACAUUGCACUACGAUGCACAGUAUCUCAAGACCCCGCCACCUGAGGGCUGGCCCGGCCUGGAUCCAUUGCUGGACUAUCUAGCUAGGUCAGACCAUGUCCGUGAAGUUAUGAAGCGCAUUCCUUACUUCGACAACGAUUGUAAAUCGUAUAUCCACUUCAAAUCUCGCUUCAUCGACUUUCCAACACUACCUGAGCGUUACUUCAAAAGUGUAAUGGAUUGGAGAGUUCAAUGGAGCAACGAGGCAUGGUCAAACCGACGAGAUACCAUCGUGGACUUCUAUGACUUUUUCCCUCUUGCCCUUGGUCAUGAAACCUGGAGCCGUCAUAUUUGGUUCAAUGCUCGAGAUGGAGAGAUCAUCGAGGAGGCUCACAGGGAGGGCGACUCUGAGCCAGUUGAUCUCAAAGAGUACCUGGAGGCGUUGAAACAAGCCUAUAUUAACCUUGACCUCAUUCCCUGCCGAGGAAGACUUACGAUCGAGGUGAUAGACGUCAACGAGCUACCCGAAGGACAAAGGGUCACAGAGGGAGAAGUCGUUGCACAGGACGACGAAUGGGGAACGGAUCUGGAUAUUCAGUACAUCAGACAGCUAUAUCGGGACUGUGGAUGGCCUAACGUCUUCAGACGGGAUGAAGCUUUUGAUGCAGUCGAUGCCCUUAUGGACAAGAUCAAAGAUCGCCGAGAAGAAUGGGAAGUAGAGCGCGAGGAUUGGAUUACUGGACAUUGGUGCUGA